UUUUCCUGUAUUUGAAGUGUUAGGUGAGAGAGGGAGAGUACUUAGAAGCUGAGAAAUUAAACUCUUGAACAGAGUUUCUCAAUCUUGAACAUUGUUAGAAAUGGCAGUCGUGGAGCUUCAAGGACCAACAAUAGAGAUCAGCGGUCUCAAGUUCACGUAUCCAGGAAUCGACGGAUAUCCACCGCCUGGAUCCAAACCUUUGAUCGAUGAUUUCUCUCUCACACUCAAGUCUGGUGAUCGCUGCCUUCUCGUUGGAUCCAAUGGCGCCGGGAAAACAACGAUAUUGAAGAUAUUGGGAGGGAAGCAUAUGGUAGAACCGCAGAUGGUUCGUGUUUUGGGAGGGUCUGCUUUUCACGACACUGCUUUGACGACGUCUGGUGAUCUCUGUUAUCUUGGAGGAGAGUGGAGGCGAGAAGUUGCUUUUGCUGGCUUUGAUAUUCCCAUACAAAUGGAUGUUUCUGCAGAGAAAAUGAUAUUUGGUGUGGCAGGUAGCGAUCCUCAAAGAAGAGCAGAACUAAUCAGGGUAUUAGAUAUUGAUCUCUCAUGGAGGAUGCACAAGGUUUCUGAUGGUCAAAGAAGAAGAGUGCAAAUUUGCAUGGGUCUCCUAAAGCCAUUCAAGGUUCUUCUUCUUGAUGAGAUAACAGUUGACCUUGAUGUGCUGGCAAGGGCUGACCUUCUGAAGUUCUUGACAAAAGAAUGUGAAGAAAGAGGUGCUACAAUUAUUUACGCAACCCAUAUAUUUGAUGGAUUAGAGGAGUGGCCAACCCAUAUUGCGUAUGUGGCUCAUGGGAAGUUACAAUUAGCAAUGCCAAUGGCAAAAGUGAAGGAGAUCAGCAAUUUGUCACUUAUGAGAACAGUGGAGAGCUGGCUGAGGAAAGAAAGAGAUGAGGAGAGGAAGAGAAGAAAAGAAAGAAAGGCAAGUGGUCUUCCAGAAUAUGAAAAACAAAUAGACGGAAGUCGAGUUACUGGUGAUCCAGCUCAGGCUGCUGUUCGUGCUAUGAACAAUGGUUGGGCUGCAGGAAGACUGCAUUCAACCAUUGCAGGUGAAGAGAAUUUUUUCCUAAGCUCAAAUAGAGUUUUGAGACAAUAGAAAAAAGGCCAAUUCAAAGUAUUUUGAGUCCAACAAUUGGUUUGAAGAUACCCGUUUGUGCACAUUUCACUCACUGUACCACCAACCUGCUUAUCCUUUUUUAAGUAUUAUUACCAAUUUAGUUCAGUUCAAUUCUUGCUAGAGCAAACAUAAAAAAUAUAAAUUUCAAUACGUUAGCCUGUAUCAGUGUAUAUCAAGUUGUUAACUUGUACCGCUGUAUUCAUCAGCUGAAAAUCCAUAAAUGAUGUACCA